CUUCUUUGUGCCUUUCCACCCAAUCUGGUCGGCAUGAUCUGCUACUCUAGAGUCAAGCUACAAAGUAUACUAAACUAGGUUGAUAUUGUUCAACUCAUUGAAGUCAAGCAUGAGUUCACGUCUUUCUCUUCUAUUGAUUCGCUACUUUUCAUUUCCAUCCUUUCAUGCAUGCUUAUUUCAGGGCCUUGUUCUACAAAGAAAGGGUGAUCUAAUGGAGCUAGUAGACACAAAGCUAGGCUCCGAUUUCAACAAGGAGGAGGCUAUUAGAAUGAUCAAAGUAGCUCUACUUUGCACCAAUCCAUCUCCAGCGCUUAGACCCACCAUGUCUGCAGUAGUAAGCAUGCUCGAAGGCCGAACUGUUGUUAAUGAAGAUAUCAUGGAUCCAAGUAUAUAUGGUGAUGAAUAUAGGUUUGAAGCUUUAAGAGGCCAGUUCGAUCAAAUCCAACCAGUAAGGAAGAGCUUAAGUGGAGCUGAGAGUCGUAUUCAUUCGUCAUCAGAUCCGAUUUGGACCGGAACUUCUUCUACUUCUGCACAGGACCUCUAUUCAAUCAAUGCUGAUAGUUUAUAAUGUCAAUCAAUGGAACAACCAUGUGCUUUUUAAGUUCAUAAUGCUGCCUGAGGAUUUUGGUUAGGGAAGUGGAAGAACGGUGAGGAAAAUUUCUAUAAAAUUGUAUAAAUUUCUACAAGACAAAGCUCGAUAUUUUUCUUAUAAAAUUGUAUAAAUUAUGUGGGAAGAACAUGUGCGUUGUAAUCUACAUGGGCUAGCAAUGUGAAUGGGGCCGUAUAGGUGCCAUUAGUAA